AUGACCGAGUCGGAGCUCCUCGCCCUCGCCAAGGAGUAUGCUUCCCAGAACGAGAUCUUCGACAACUACAUCGGCCUCGGCUACUACAACACCCUCACCCCGCAGGUGAUCCUCCGCAACAUCAUGGAGAACCCCGGCUGGUACACCCAGUACACCCCCUACCAGGCCGAGAUCUCCCAGGGCCGCCUUGAGUCGCUGCUCAACUUCCAGACCAUGGUCACCGACCUGACCGGCAUGGAUAUUGCCAACGCCUCGCUCCUGGAUGAGGGUACCGCCGCUGCUGAGGCCAUGAUGAUGGCCCAUGCCCAGUCCAACGGCCGUCGCAAGACCUUCUUCAUCGACAAGAACACCUUCCCCCAGACCAUUGCCGUUGUCAAGACCCGUGCGGCUCCCUUCAACGUGAACGUCGUCGUCGGUGACUUCCGUACCUUCGACAUGAGCACCAUCGCCGACGACCUGUGUGGCGCCCUGGUCCAGUACCCGGCCAUGGAUGGUACCAUCGAGGACUUUGAGAGCUUCUCUACCACUGUCAAGAACCAUGGUGGCCUCUUCGUCGUCGCCUCCGACCUCAUGGCCCUCACCCUGCUCAAGGCCCCGGGCGAGUUUGGCGCCGACAUUUGCCUUGGCUCUACCCAGCGCUUCGGUGUUCCCCUCGGUUUCGGUGGCCCCCACGCCGCCUUCUUCGCCACCACUGACAAGCUCAAGCGUCGCAUGCCCGGCCGCCUGGUCGGUGUGUCGCGCGACGUCGACGGCAACCCCGCCCUCCGCCUGGCCCUGCAGACCCGUGAGCAGCACAUCCGUCGUGAGCGUGCCACCUCCAACAUUUGCACCGCCCAGGCCCUUCUGGCCAACAUGGCUGCCAUGUACGCCGUCUACCACGGCCCCGAUGGCCUGACCCAGAUUGCCCAGCGCAUCCACGCCCUGGCCAAGACCCUGGCUCAUGUUGUCACCGAGGCCGGCCACACCGUGACCACCUCUGGCGAUGGCUUCUUCGACACCAUCACCAUUCGUCUGCGCGAUGGCACCACCGCCGCCGCUGUGGCCGAGGCCGCCAACGCCGCCCGCAUCAACAUCCGCGUGGUCGACGAGCAGCAUGUCUCGGUGUCUCUCGAUGAGACCACCACCAAGCGCCGCCUGCGCAACCUGGCCCAGCUCUUCUCCGACCGCGAGGACCUGUGCAUGGACAAGGCCGCCGCCGCCGCUGGCAUUGGCUCCCUCGCCGACAUGACCCCCUCCUCCUCGGGCAAGCUCACUCGCAACACUCCCUUCCUCGAGCAUCCGGUCUUCAACUCUUACCACUCGGAGACCGAGAUGCUGCGCUACCUGCACCGGCUCCAGGCCAAGGACCUGUCCCUGACCCAUGCCAUGAUCCCUCUCGGCUCGUGCACCAUGAAGCUGAACGCCACUUCGGAGAUGGUUCCGGUCACCAUGCCCGGCUUCAACUCCAUCCACCCCUUCGCCCCCCCGGCCCAGGCCAAGGGCUACCAGAACCUCUUCCGCGAGCUGGAGGCCGAUCUGGCCGAGAUCACCGGCUUCGAUGCCGUGUCCCUGCAGCCCAACUCCGGCGCCAACGGCGAGUACGCCGGUUUGAUGGCCAUCCGUGGCUACCACGAGUCCCGUGGCGAGGCCCAUCGUGAUGUGUGCCUGAUCCCGGUGUCGGCUCACGGCACCAACCCCGCUUCGGCCAUGAUGGCCGGCAUGCGUGUUGUCCCGGUCAAGUGCCUGCCGGCCACCGGCGAGCUGGAUAUGGAGGACCUGGCCGAGAAGGCUGCCAAGCAUGCGGACAACCUUUCCUGCAUCAUGGUCACCUACCCUUCGACCUUCGGUGUCUUCGACGCUGGCAUUCGUGAUGUUUGCCAGGUUGUCCAUCGUCACGGUGGCCAGGUUUACCUGGAUGGCGCCAACAUGAAUGCCCAGGUGGGCAUCUGCCGCCCGGGUGACUAUGGCGCGGAUGUUGUCCACCUGAACCUGCACAAGACCCUCUGCAUCCCGCAUGGUGGUGGUGGCCCGGGCAUGGGUCCCAUCGGUGUCAAGGCCCACCUGCAGCCCUUCCUCCCGGAUCACCCGCUGCUUCCGGGCUUCGGCGGGUCCAAGUCCCCGGGUCCGGUGGCCUCGGCUCCCUACUCCUCGGCCAGCAUCCUGCCGAUCCCCUGGGCCUACAUCCGCAUGAUGGGUCCCAAUGGCCUGCGCCAGUCGACCGAGACCGCCAUCCUCAACGCCAACUACAUGGCCAAGCGCCUGGAGGACCACUAUUCCAUCCUCUACCGCAACCACAACAGCAAGUGCGCCCAUGAGUUCAUCAUCGAUGCGCGCCCGCUCAAGGAGACCUCCGGCAUCGAGGCCAUCGACAUUGCCAAGCGUCUGCAGGACUACGGCUUCCACAGCCCCACCAUGUCCUGGCCCGUGGUCAACACCCUCAUGAUCGAGCCGACCGAGUCCGAGUCCCUGGCCGAGCUGGAUCGCCUGUGCGAUGCUCUGAUUGCCAUCCGCGAGGAGAUUGCUGCCAUCGAGCGUGGCGAUGUCUCCCGCACCGACAAUGCUCUCAAGCGCGCGCCGCACACCGCGGCCACGGUCACCUCCGACACUUGGGAUCGGUCCUACUCUCGUGAGACCGCGGCCUUCCCCACCUCCUCCACCAAGACCAACAAGUUCUGGCCCACCACGUCCCGCAUUGACGACACCUACGGUGACCUGAACCUUGUCUGCACCUGCCCCCCGAUGGAGAGCUACGGCGAGGCCUAA